AAUUUCGCUGCCACCAACUUCAGCUUUUAAACUAAUUAAAUAUCAGAAGUAUACAUUAAUUAAUAAGUGAAGUUGUACACUAAAAUAUAUCUUUUAGUAAUAUUGUUAUUGAAUAUUUGUGUUUGUUUUCACUCAUUACUUACAGAAUAAAAAAUGGACAACUACGACGACUUAAGUCCCAGUGAGGUAAAUGAUUUGUUAAGGAAAUGGCGUGAAAACAACGAGCGUAAAAGUUCCGAUGUUGUGUCACUUUGGAUGAAUGUAUUACAAACACACAGUAACAAAUAUGGUAAUGAAAAAUAUGUUUUAUUAGAGCAAAUAAUUUAUGCCAUGUUGGACUGUCAUCUGUAUGGUUUGGCGAAAGGCUUGAUAUAUGUAUUGUCACUGGAGUUCCCGAGUAGUCUGAGGGUGAUGCGUUACAAAGCUGCAGCCCUAGAGGCGGAGGAAAAAUAUGAUGAAGCAUUAAAUGUUUUGGAUGUUAUAAUUAAUGCGGAUGAGACAAACGCGCCGGCCCGCAAGCGCCGCGUCGCCGUGCUUAAAGCGCAGGGCCUUAUACACGAAGCUAUCAAAGAGCUCGCUGAUUAUUUGAAGAAGUUCAUGUCAGAUGUGGAAGCAUGGCAGGAACUAUGCGAGCUCUACCUUCAGGUGCAGGAGUACUCGCGCGCCGCCUUCUGCGCCGAAGAGCUGAUCUUGCACCAGCCACACAACCACCUCAUGCAUCAGCGGCUUGGGUGGUAUUGAAAACAUGGAAUUGGCUAAAACAUAUUACUGUCAAACUUUGAAGUUGAAUCCUGACAAUUUGCGCGCACUACUUGGAUUAUUCUUGGUUGCGAACAACUUAGUUGGUCAGUACAAAUCAUCUGGCAAUUCAAAGCGCAAGGAGGCGUGGCGCCUGUCACAGUGGGCGCAGUCGCGGGUCAGCGCCAAGCAGCGGCAGGCGCGCGCCAAGCUGGGCCUCACAGACAUGAUGCUGUCUCUUUCCCUCGCUGAAUAGAUUUAAGGUAUUUAAUGAAACAGAAGAUGUCGCCAGCCAGUAGUAUUUCAAAGUAGUUUAUAAUGUAUUUUACAUUAUUUUUAUUUUAUAAGAGUAUGGCAACUCUCCCCUCUGCCGCCCUUGACAACGUCUAUGUGUGUUACUGGCUUUUUUGUAUUGGAUAUGUCUGAAAAUUAUGUUAGAAUUUAAAUUAUACUUAGCCUUUUUUUCAGGUAAAAUUCAGAAUUCCAAUAGCUAUAAUAUAAAUAGUAUGAAUUUGUAUUUAUAAUAAUAGAGUUGAUAGGUAUCCUGUUGUUUUUAUUUAUGAAUUAUUUAAGGGAUUUAUGGUAAAAUGUAUUACAUUAAUUGUAACGAUUGUUUUGUUGAAUUUAUUUAAUAUAAAUUUAAGUUCAUAGUAUAUUCAGAUAAAAUAAAAAAAUAGUGUAUUUUAUUUAUGAUUUCUAUACCCACUAC